AUGUCCCUCGACAAAGACCCUUUCUACCUCAGCACGGGCCACUCUGGCAAGCACGGACAUGAGUUUCUAGAGUUUGAGUAUUCCCAUGGACGCCUGAGAUAUGCGAACAACUCGAACUACCGCAAUGACUCACUCAUCAGGAAAGAGAUGUGGAUCGGGCCUCUUGUCGUUAAAGAGCUCAAGCGCAUCGUAGAGUCGAGUGAAAUCACAAAAGAAGACGAUGCGAACUGGCCCAAAAAGAACAUCGUCGGAAAACAAGAACUCGAAAUCCGCAUUGGGAACGACCAUAUCGCAUUCGAGACUGCCAAAAUCGGCUCGCUCGUUGACAUCCAAGACAGCGAGGACCCCGAAGGGCUCCGUGUGUUCUACUACCUCGUUCAGGAUCUCAAGUGCCUCAUCUUCUCGCUGAUCUCGCUCCACUUCAAGAUCAAACCCAUAUAA